AUGUAUAUUGCAGAUGAACAAAAGGACACUGCCGUUCUAGAAGAGACAUACGAUAAUCUUAGCAACGUGUGCUUACAGAAAAAGAAAACAAUCGAAAAUUUGGAAAAUGAAAUUCGAGUGAGUACCUAUUGAUAUUACUGGGCAGCACCAAAUCCGAUUUAAUUAUUUUUUAAUCGUUAAUUCUGAUUAUCAAUGGUAUCACUGUCGUAUAUCCCUUUAAUAAGGAUAUGCUGACAAACAGUAUUACCAUUGUACAAUGUGUCAUUGACACUCCGCAUAUACAACAGUCCUUUAUCUAAACAAAUUAUGUCUUCAUAUUUUAAUUUAUUAAAAAAACUAUCUUAUAACUAAAUAUUAGGGGAAAAAUAGUAAUAAAAUAUUACAGUACAUUGGUAAUUUAGUACAUCAAAAAGGGAAAAAAUAAAUCUUUUUUUAUCCAUUUUACAAACAAAACAAUUAUUAAUAGGUACCUAAUAUUUUGUUUAUGGUAGAUAUCUAUUUUAUAAAGAAAAUUUAGUAGGUACAACAAAAAAGAUGAAAAUACACUAAAAAAUUCUAUCCCAAUUUUUAGUUUCACAAUUUUUUCUUUUCUAAUCUCUUUAAUCUUUCGAUUUCACAACUAAUGAAUUCAACAAAUAAUAAUUUUAAUUUUAACAAUUUUCAAUUUGAACAUAUAUAUCUUUUUUUUUAUCUAUUUUACAGACAAAACAAUUAUUAAUACCCAAAUAACAUUUUUGUUCAUGAUAAUUAUCUAUUUUACAAAGAAAAGUCUGGAAUUUGGGAUUUUUUUAUUAUUAUUAUUGAAUAAACAAACCUAUACUUACAAUAUAUAAAAAAAAAAAUUACAAUUAUAAAAUAGUAUAUACAUAUUUUUUUUUGUCUAAUGUUCUCUUGAGUUUUUUCCUUUUAUUAUUAUAUUUUCGAUUAUAAUUUAUAUAUAUUUAAUAUAACCAUAUAUGCAAGGCAUAUUCAAUCAAUAUUCGUCUAUAAUGUGUUUUUCUUAUAAAUAUAUAUUGCAUAAUAUACUAUUAUAAUAACUGUUCUAUUCGGAGGGCACUACCAUUCAUGAAUAUUUCUUAACCUUGGACAGCAACAACUGAUAUUAUUUUGUAUUAAAUACAUACUCAUAUUGAUAUAAAUGAUAAAAAUAGGUACCUAAAAAUCUUUCGAAAGAAAAAUAACAAAAAAGUUAUAUUCAUUUAAGAAAAGCGGGAUGGGAUGGAAACAAAUAAUAAUGAUAUACCAAACAUGUUUGAAACAAAUUUAAAAUAACAGAUUUUUAAUAUUAUGAUUGACGGUUAAAUUUGAAUUGAUCGAGGUUGUUCUUGAAAUUCCUGGAUGUUCCCUUUAGGGUAUGAAAUGGUUUAGACAGAAAGUCUGAUCUGUUCCUUCUGAUUUCAAUUAAUACUUCUUUUCUUAUAUUCAUUGAUGUAUGUUAUACAUUAUAAAUACAUUUUUUUUUAAUAAAUAAAUAAUAUUCCACAUGGUAUAUUAUAUGAUUUAUUUAAAUGUACAUGUGCAAAUGAUUCAACCAAUUUUUCGUUAAACGUUAAUUAUGUUUAUAUUUUUAUUAAUGUUCUUAUAUUAUACAAAAAUUAUUUUUUAUCCCAUAUUAUUGUUGAAUUUUUACCUUUCUCAAAAAUUGUUUUAAAUUCAAAUCAAAUUCCAUUUUGGUUACAAAAAACAUAUACAUAUAAAUAUAUACAAGGGUAUCCGAUUAUCAAGCUCAGCAUGACAGGACCGUAGGAAAUUACGUUGAAGCAACGUGUUAUCAUUGACUACACGAAAACCAGCAGGAAAUUGAGCCCCAUUUUACACCAAAGCUUCAGAAGUCAGAAACGAAUUUACUAGCAAACUCUUUGCUUCCACACAAAAGCUUGAAUGGACGAGUUUUGUCAGGAUAAACUUUACUAAGACGUAUGAUUUUUGAAUUAUCAGGAUUAUGAAUACUAUGAGGUUCAAGCAAAGUGCGAAGGGCAGAACUGUCGUCAGAUAUCCGUUGGGUUGACGACGACGAGGACUCAGGUAUACCGUACGCAAAUGCAUUUAAUGAGUACCUUUCACGCUCAAAGCUUUCCUGUAAUACCUGAGUGACUACAUGAGAACUGUGGUUAGGUGAACCAGCAACCUCUAAUAAUAUAACUUUGCAUUUAAGAAUUUCUAAUUCACUGCGUAUGUUAGUCUUUUCAACCUAUAACUAAAUUAUUUGCGCAGAUAGUAGCUUUAGGUCACUAUUAAAAUCUUUGAAAUGAGAAGUUUGAGUACACGAAAUACUUUUAUUCGUAGAUAAAAAUGCAUUACAAAAAGUUUCAAGAGCAGCCAUUAUGUUACUAUUGGAAGAGAGUGCAGAAGAAUUAACCCUUGUGACAAUUUUAGUUGAAGAAGUAGUAGUAUUACUAGGAGUAAUAGGUUUGGGUGCCGUAUUGAAAAAAUACGGUGCACACGGUGUAUAUGAGACCGAUAAAGUGUGAAGAGUUUCGGCACACGCGAUAUAUAUGGUGAGUGCGGCGAGACGUGGGUCUAAUAGCCAAUAAGAUAGUCACUGGUUGGCACAAUAUAGCACGGUCGUACGACCUUAGUGCCGAUAAAAAUUAGAAUAAAUUUACGUUUUCCCAAUGAAAUAACAUAAAAUACUCGGCGGCCGUGUUUUUAACAGAGCUCACACAAACUGCCUUAACAGGAAAAAUUUUGAGUAGACCUACUCAAAAACGACACCGGUCAACGCGUACAUUUUUUAUAAAACUGCUAAAAUAAAAAACGGAAAAAACAACCCAAAAAUAUCAUAAAUAUCUAAAUAUAUAUUAUUAUUUUGUUGCAUGUGCACAAUAUGAAGUUCAGAGAUCAACUAUGUAAAUAACUAAUAUACAAUAUAUGUUUUUUUUAUUUUUAUGUUUUCAUAUAGACUAGAAAAUUAAUAAUAAUACUCGUAUAUCAUACAUAAAUAAAUUUAAACCGUUAAAAUAUUUUAAUAUUAAUACUAUAACUAAUAUAGUAUAAUAUAGUAAAUAUAUUUAUAAGUUUAACUGUAUAAGAUUUAAAGUUUACAUUUACGUUACUUAUACUUUGCGUUUUAUAUAGACUCACGUAGUUCACGUGCCGCCAUUGAUUGGGUUGUUAAUUAAUAAUUAAUAAAUAAUUGUUUAUAGUUGAGUACAAAAAUUAAUUAUCUUUUAUUAAAAUUUUUUCCAGAAGUUUGAUAAAUUAUCAUUUAUAGUAGACUACAGUUUUCUAGAAGUAACUCUAUAUAUUCCUUAUAGUUUAUCGAGUUAAAAAUCUUAAGCAAUUACCUAUGUUUUUUACAAUUCCAUUUGCUACUUAAAAGUAAAUUUUACCUUCCAUAAAAUAUUUACUACAGAUUUACAUUUAUUUGACAAAUAAAUUUUUAUUUUAUCACUUCAAUAUUUAAAAUACCUAACUAACAUAAAGUACAUUGAUAAAAAAAAUACUAACUGAUUGUUUCUUUGAAAUAAGCAUAACUUUUUCAUUUUUCCCGAGUGUUAAAAUGUUAAGAUCCGGUCCUGAUUAUACCUACUCAAAUUUAAAAUUUAUCAGAGCUUUCAUAAAGCUUUCAUAUAGCUUCCAUAGCUAACCAAAGAAGGUAUUUUACAAAAUAAUUGGUGCAAAUGCAUACCCUAUACCCCUUUCCUAAAUUACAUCCCUGAACCGUUUUUUCACUAAUUAGGUAGUAGACUUAAUGUUUACAACAGUACCUAAAUAUAUUAAUGAAAACUAUUGUAGAUUCUGGAAAACCAAUAUAAGAUAAAACUCGAAGACUUAGAUAAUUUAAAUAACCUUCGUGAUAUCAAAACUAGUGAACUUGAGCAUGCCCUCAGUGAGAUCGAUGAGCAAAUGGUAAAAUUAAACCGAGCGAAUAGUCGUAUACAGUUUGUGGAAAAACAAAUAGACAAAAGUUAUGAUCUGGAUAACCAAAGUGCAAUCGAUUUAAAAAAGGUAUAUAUAUAUAUUUAUUUUUUUAAAUAUCUAAUUUUAUUUUGUAUAGACUAUAGUAUAUUAGUAUAUUACCUAUCAACAUAUAAGUAAAUUACUAGGUACCUAUACGUUUUUAAUUAUAAAUUAUUAUUAUUAUACUCUAAAUGCUAAACUUAAUGCUGCUCUAAACUUAUUAAACUAAUUAGUAAAUCAGAAAUAUAAUAUAAGGUUGAGAUCAAUCAAAAUUAAAAAUUAUAUUUUUAUUUAUAUUAUGCUCUUAAUGUUAAAAUAAUAUAUUCAUAUUUUAUGACUUGAGUGUUUUUACAGCGGGAUAUCAUGGUUAGAAUGAUGAAAAGAGUGAACAAAUCUGUUUUGGAUCAGUUGUCAGAAAUGUCUGUGCGGAAUAUUGAAGUAGAACCCACUAUCAAGCAAUAUUUGUCUGAAAAGAAUUUGGAGCUGCCUCCUGUAUCCAGUCUAAUAAUGAACCAAGUAAAAUUGAAUAACAAUUUGAGUACAGAUGUAACCUCAAUUGGCUCCAAUGCCAGUAUGAAAAGGUUCGAACUAAUUAAAAUGUUAACGUAUGAUAGAGUUCGUUUAAAUAUAAAAUAG